AUGGCCACCGGCGCCGCAGAUGGAUUUCUCCGGCCAAUUUACGAAGGCAGCAUCUCCGGAUACGACCACACCGUGGAGCGUCGUCCUUACCAUCGCAAAUGCGGCUGUACGCUUCAUAGCAAAUCAUCCAAAAUAUCAUGCCAGAAUAAAUCUCCAAUUUGUAGUGGCAAAAUAGUAUAUCCUAUUAGAAGAGCCUGGAGUGAAGGCAAUUUGGCUUUGUCUGCUUCUGCUUAUUCUUCUCAUUCACCUUCUCCUUCCGCUUCUCCUUCUCCUUCUCCUCUUGGUGGUGUCAAAUCUCGACGAAGUUACGUCGAUCUUGAAAGCCAAUUUGAUGAUAAAAUUUGUGGCUUAUCUGAGAUUAAUAAUUUAAUUUGCUGGGGUUGUCAUGAUUUGUAUUUAUCUAUAUCAUUUUGA